AACAGCCCUGGUUGCGAAAGAAGUUUUCCCUGGCUUCACCGUUGUGCGGCGCGGCGCCUAUUUCUUCACCUCACGAGGGAACCACCGCUCAAGACGACCACGAGUAGUAGCCAGCAGGAAGGGAAGAAGCAGCAACCAACACACAAGCAAAGCGAGCGAAGCAAGAUGGGCUCCUUCUUCUCGAGCUUCUUGCCGGCCGCCCCCGCCGACGACCCCGACUCCGCCGUCGUCGCCGCCCACUCCAAGGCCACCUGGGACGAGCAGUGGGAGGCCCACAAGAGCGCCGCCAAGCUGCUGGUGAUCGACUUCUCGGCGUCCUGGUGCGGGCCGUGCCGCUUCAUCGAGCCGUCUUUCAAGGAGAUGGCCUCACGCUUCACCGACGCCAUCUUCGUCAAGAUCGACGUCGACGAGCUCUCGGAGGUCGCGAGGACAUGGAAGGUAGAGGCCAUGCCAACAUUUGUACUAGUCAAGGAUGGGAAGGAGGUGAGCCGUGUAGUCGGCGCUAAGAAGGACGAGCUCGAGAGGAAGAUCGGCAUGUUCAUCUCAUCAUCUUCCUCAUCCUAACUUAGUACCAGUUUCUGAUUUUUCUCUCAAAUGGUAGGAGGCUCGUGUGGGGCGCCCAGGUUGAAAUGUCAUGUCAUGUCUCGCAAGAUUGUUGUGAAGUGAGAAUAAUCGUGCCCGGGCUAAUAAAGCUUCUGAAACUUGCAAUGUGAAUGUGUCUGCCUGUUCUGUUUA